AUGCUAGGGCCCGCACGUUCAAUGAAGACGAGUCGUCUGAGUGUAGUUUGGUCAAAACGACAUGAAGCCUGGUGCAGUUGCGUAGGCGGAUGCGGUCGUAGCGACGCGAUGGAGACAGUGGCUGGAAUCGAGAUGGGACCACCGCGAACUGCGGCGAUGGGUGGUACUAGCAAGGGUUUCGCCACAACCGUAACCGCUGCGCUCCACCGUGCCGCUUCGAGCGCAUACGCCUACGCAACUGCACUAUGCUUAAUGUCGUUUGACCCUACUACAUCUGACUGA